AUGGCUACACACCUAGGAAAACUACACUGGACUUAUUCAAUACGGUUUAUUACUACAAUUUUAAACAAAACCAUGAGAUUUGAAAACAGUACCAGAGUGAAGGAAUUCCUCUUACUAGGUUUUCCUGGCAUCCAGAAGAUGAAGGUCCCGGUCUUCCUAACCAUAUUGGUGACGUACACAUUGACACUACUUGGGAACACUGUGAUCAUAUUUUUGGUGUGCAAAGAUUACCGACUUCACACGCCUAUGUACUGGUUCCUUUGUAACCUCUCCUUCUCAGGAUUAUGCUUCACUUCUGCCAUUGUCCCCAAAAUGAUGUGGAAUGUUAUUACAGACACCAAAGAAAUAUCCUUCAUAGGUUGCAUGGUCCAAAUUCAUUUCUAUUUCUACCUGGGAACAUCUGAUUACAUUCUAGUGGCUGUGAUGGCCUUUGAUCGAUACGUAGCCAUUUGUAACCCGCUGCGGUAUUCCAUCAUCAUGAGUAACUGGUUCACGUUUCAACUUAUUGCUGCAACUUGGCUUGGAGCUUUCUUGUCUAUCCUUCCAUCUUCAAUUGUCAUAUGUCAGCUCCCUUUCUGUGGUCCAAAUAUCAUUAACCACUUCUUCUGUGAUAUCAUACCAGUCCUGAGGCUAGCUUGUAAGGACACCACAUUGCUUGAGUGGUUGAGCUAUGUUUCAACCUCCAUUAUAGUCCUGAGUUCCCUCCUGUUAACAACAGCUUCCUACCUUUUUAUCAUCACCAACAUAUUGCGCAUCCCUUCUGCCACAGGCCGAAAAAAAGCUUUUUCCACCUGUGGGGCUCAUUUGACUUUGGCAUCUGUCUUCUAUGGCUGUUCCAUUUUCAUGUAUCUGCUACCUGACAAAAUCCAUUCAUCGGGAUUCUACAAGUUAGUGGCUCUUUUUCACACCAUGGUAACCCCUUUCUUCAAUCCUUUUAUAUAUACUCUCCGCAAUGAGAAGGUGAAAGAGGUAAUCAAAGAUACACUAAAACGUACCUCCUUUCUUGCCACACAAAACUAG